UGGAUAUUACUGACGGCAUCCCAAAGCAUGCUACUUUACAAUUCUGUCGCAAUUGUGAAAGAUACUUACAGCCACCAAAUAUAUGGAUUCGUGCCGAAUUAGAAAGCAGGGAAUUACUGUCACUAUGUCUCAAAAAAUUGAAGGGUUUGAAUAAGGUCAAACUCAUUGAUGCUGGCUUCAUAUGGACAGAACCACAUUCAAGAAGAAUUAAAGUCAAAUUAACUGUUCAGAAAGAGCCGUUUAAUUCCUUGGCAACAACAAAGAAUUUGGUAGAAUAUUAUGUUUUGGAUGUUGAACCUUUAGGCCCCACUCGUGGCAAGUAUAUACUUGCCGACAUCCAAGUAGCACGCUCUGCCGAUUUUGGAAAAAAUGACAUCACCUUUUUUGCACGAUCUCAUCUUGGUGGGAUUCUUAGUCCAGGCGACAAUGCUAUGGGAUACGAUCUUUCAUCAUCCAACUUUAAUGACAUCACUUUUGAUAGUCUCAAUCAGGAUUCUCUUCCCGAUGUUGUUCUCGUCAAAAAAUCGUAUUCACAGAGACGCAGGAAAAAUAAACGUAAUUGGAAACUAAAAUCUUUGGCAAAAGAAGAAGAGCAAUUGGAUUUAGAAAAAAUGGACCAAGACUAUGAGAUGUUCUUACGAGAUUUGGAAGAAGAUUCAGAGCUUCGACAGAAUAUUAAUUUAUAUAAAGCUUCCGAUGCAAUGGUUAUAGAUACAAUAGUUGAAGAAAAUAAUGACGAUGAAGAUGAUUUACCCGAAGUAAAAUUAGAAGAGUUAUUGGAUGAUCUUACUCUUAAUGAUGAUGUCGAUCCAAAUAAUAUCCAUUAA